GGCAGCCUCCAGCCGCCCGUCUUUGUAAGGAGACCACUGAGACUAGCAGAAUCGUGGAGCAGCAGCCUCUGUGCUGCCCUGACUUUUUAAGAAAUCUCAAUGAACUAUUUGUAAAGAAUCACUGAUCUUGCCUGCAAGCUUUUUGCACGGCAAAGACAUCGAUCAGUGUUAGGUGAAGAUCACAUUUUAUAUGUGAUCUUGACUUUUUUUGUCUUACAUUAUAUUUUUAUAGAUUUUGUUAUAAACAUGGUGCUGGGAAAGGUGAAGAGUUUGACAAUAAGCUUUGACUGUCUUAAUGACAGCAAUGUCCCUGUGUAUUCUAGUGGGGAUACAGUCUCAGGAAGGGUGAAUUUAGAAGUUACUGGGGAAAUCAGAGUAAAAUCUCUUAAAAUUCAUGCAAGAGGACAUGCGAAAGUACGCUGGACCGAGUCAAGAAACGCCGGCUCCAAUACUGCCUAUACACAGAAUUACACUGAAGAAGUAGAAUAUUUCAACCAUAAAGACAUCUUAAUUGGACACGAAAGAGAUGAUGAUAAUUCCGAAGAAGGCUUCAACACUAUUCAUUCAGGAAGGCAUGAAUAUGCAUUCAGCUUCGAGCUUCCACAGACACCACUUGCUACCUCAUUCGAAGGCCGACAUGGCAGUGUGCGCUAUUGGGUGAAAGCCGAAUUGCACAGGCCUUGGCUUCUACCAGUAAAAUUAAAGAAGGAAUUUACAGUCUUUGAGCAUAUAGAUAUCAACACUCCUUCAUUACUGUCACCCCAAGCAGGCACAAAAGAAAAGACUCUCUGUUGCUGGUUCUGUACCUCAGGCCCAAUAUCCUUAAGUGCCAAAAUCGAAAGGAAGGGCUAUACCCCAGGUGAAUCAAUUCAGAUAUUUGCUGAGAUUGAAAACUGCUCUUCCCGAAUGGUAGUGCCAAAGGCAGCCAUUUACCAAACACAGGCCUUCUAUGCCAAAGGGAAAAUGAAGGAAGUAAAACAGCUUGUGGCUAACUUACGUGGGGAAUCCUUAUCAUCUGGAAAGACAGAUACCUGGAAUGGAAAGUUGCUGAAAAUUCCACCAGUUUCUCCCUCUAUCCUCGACUGUAGCAUAAUUCGUGUGGAAUAUUCACUAAUGGUAUAUGUGGAUAUUCCUGGAGCUAUGGAUUUAUUUCUUAAUUUGCCACUUGUCAUUGGUACCAUUCCUCUACAUCCAUUUGGUAGCAGAACCUCAAGUGUAAGCAGUCAGUGUAGCAUGAAUAUGAACUGGCUUGGUUUAUCCCUACCUGAAAGACCUGAAGCACCACCCAGCUAUGCAGAAGUGGUAACAGAGGAACAAAGGCGGAACAAUCUUGCACCAGUGAGUGCUUGUGAUGACUUUGAGAGAGCGCUUCAAGGACCACUGUUUGCUUAUAUCCAGGAGUUUCGGUUCUUGCCUCCACCUCUUUAUUCAGAGAUUGAUCCAAAUCCUGAUCAGUCAGCAGAUGAUAGACCAUCCUGCCCCUCUCGUUGAAGGAACUGUGUUAGAUCAACUUGAUGUGGGUUCUGAACUGUAUCUCUUCCCAGCUGAGGACAGAGAAGUAUCUUGGAGACACGUUUUCAGAGGAAGUGGAAUUGCUUUUGCCCAGAAAAAUGGCAGAUACAUGAAACAACCAGUGAUCAUGCUUUAGAAGCCUACAGCAACAUUCUGGGACUGCUCCAACAUGCUUGAAGAUCUAAGCUUUUCUCCUUUAAAACAGGCACAUAUUAAGAGCAGUCUUCUUAGCCUAUGGUCAUACGUGUCAAGACACCACGUUGUAAAGAGGGAUGAUUUCCUUCUUUUGAUUUGAAAAUUUGCACAUGCUCAAUGCUUACAUUGUGCAGUUCCGAUGUCACUACAGCUUUUUUUUUUUCCAUUUAUGCCAGACUCUUGAUACUCUUUAAAAACUUGUUUGUGGUCAGCACAACAAGGAACAAAAGAAAGCUUUGAAAAAACUUUAACAUGAAAAAAACGCACUGACUUUUUUUUUAAUUUAAUAUAGCCUGGACUUUACCUGCGUAUGCACAUGCUCAGAAAUGUCCUACUAGGCUGACCAUGUAUCACCUCUUCAGCUUGGAUCCUAUUGUGGAUUUAUUUACAAACAUCAAAUGCCUUCAAGCCAAUCCUUCUUGCUGUAUGUUUUGCAGCCUACUGUAGUAGAUACGCAACAGAUAUGUGGGAAAAGAGAUAAGAGGAGGAAGCUAAUAAGAGACUUUGUCAAGAUUGUAUACCUUCUUGGUUUCUUUUAAGAAUUUGUUGCCUUUCUACUAUUACAGCAAAGCAGCAUUUUGUUACUGACUGCCUAAAAUCACUUAAUCUCAGGUGAACGCAUCACUUGCCAAACUGUUGGAAUGCUAUUUGUGUUUUGUUGCACUGUUGAGUUAUUUUUUUGUUUUGUUUGUUUGGUUGGCUUUUUGGAGAGGGAAAUUUGGAAAAGGGACAUACACAAAAGUGAUAACCCACCCACAUUCCCUUUUUAUCAUUACAUAUAAGAAGAAACUAGCAGAGCUAAGAAUGGAGUAAAGAAAGGCAGUAUGGCAGGCACCAGCAAAGAGUUAAGGGCUUGUUGCUCUUAAAAAUGAUUGUUAUUUUUAUUAUUUUAAGAGUAUGAAAAUUUUCCAGUCACUGGAAAGGAGGAGAAAGUGCAUUUAUUUUUGUACGGAGUUACUUAAUUACCUCCAAAACACCUAUGUUGGAAAUCAUUUUUGCUGGUGCAAAGUGUUUUAAUGAGCAGGAAUAUGUACACACACACAUACACAUUAGAGAGUUCAAUUUAUAUAUUUCGUGUCCUGCUCAAGCUUCUCAGAGCUUGAAAACCCAAGUUUAUUCUAAAAGUAUAUAACUUCAGAAUUACAAGUAUACUAGAAUAUGUGCUGGGAUAAUAACUGUUUUAUAUUUUUGUGGGGUUUUUUUUAAUGAAAGUAUUUUUUCCAUUACCUAAAGAACAUUUUGCUAAACAUGAGAAACAACUCACUUUGAGUAUAUAUAGAUAAGAGCAACCACAUCAGUAAAUUAUAGUUUAUAUUAAAGAUAAUUUACAGUUGGCUCAUAACAAAUAUACCAGCAUUCAUGAUGACACUUAAAAACUGCAUUUUCCAAGGUACCAAGUUUACCGAUCGUCUUACUUUGGAAGGAAUUCAGCUCUGAUGUUUUUAAUGAAAAUCAGCAUCUCUGAUAUUGCAACAUACGUGUGAAAUGGGUGUUACAUCUAUCCUGCCGUUUAACCCCACAGUUAAUAAAGUGGCUGAAAAUAAUAGUAACUCUGGCUUGGUGCUUGACCUGGUUAAAUACUGUCUUAAAGCUUCAUACAAAACAAAUAGGCUUUUCCAUAAGUGGCCUUUAAGAAAACAUGGAAGACAAUUCAUGUUUGAAAAAUGCUGACAGGGUGAAGAAAGCCCAGCGUAAAAAUGAAUCGCGUUUUAGGUGAUUCAGUAAAGGGUUUGGGCUCCCGUAGCAAACUAAUACUAGAUAAUAAGGAAAUGGGGGUGAAAUAUUUUUUUAUUGUUGUUAAAUCAUUUUGUGAAUGUCCCCCUCAAAAGAAGCUAAUGGAAUAUUUGGCAUAAAGGGCAUUUGGUGGUUUUAUUUUUGUUUGGGGGGGGGUGUCUGAAAAUCCCUUUUCUUUUUUCUCUUAUGUCUGACUAGGGAACAAUUGUUGAUAUGCAUAGCAUUGGAAUACUUAUCAUCAUAUACUCUUAUAAAUAACACAUGAAACAAGAAUGACCAAUAUUCUAAUAAUUGGCACUGGGUCACAAAAUAAAAUGUGAUUAAAUUUUGAAUCUAUAAAACUUUAUCAAAUAAAGUUUUAUUUUCCCCAUUAAAAGUUAUUUCUUUACUUAUUUAGAGGCAUUACUUUACUCUUUUCUAAAUAUUGGUCAAUUCCUGACAUAAGAUGUGAGGUUCACAGUUGUAUUCCAGUAUUCAAGAUAGAUUCCUGAUUUUUCAAUUAGGAAAAGUAAAAUCCAAAAUGUUAGCAAAACAAAGUGCAAUAUUAAAUGUUUGCUUUAUAGAUUAUAUUCUAUGGCUGUUUGUAAUUUCCCCUUUUUUUCCCCCUGUUUUAUUUGGUGCUGAAUAUGUCCUUGUAGGCUCUGUUUUAAGAAAACAAUAUGUGGGAAAUGAUUUAAUUUUUCCUAUUGCUCUUCCUUGUGGAAAAUAAAGUGUUUUGUUUUUUUCUUUUUUGUAAAAUUGUUUGGAGAUUUAUUUCAAUCUUAAUCAUGUUAGUAAUUUGUCAUACUUGCAAACAUUAAGACUACAAUUAAACCCUGUUUUAAGCCAUGCUAGGUAAGAAUAGUUUCUAGAUAUCAAAGAAAAUCACUGAAGACUUACAGGAAUUUUUAAUACUACUUAUCAGUGUUUGCCUUAAUAAUUCACCAAGUUACAGAUUUUUUUUUUUUUUUUAUGAAACAUAAGUUGGUUAAAUAAUUUCAAGUCCUCUAUAUGAACCAAACUUAACCAGGUAGUUUCACUUUGAGGUACCAAUUCCCUCUUGCUGUGAAGUAUCUAAGUUUCUAGUACUUCAAGAGCACUUACAUUUAAAAGGUGUAUUAACCUUACAAAAAUAUUUUUCCUGAAUUUUAAAAUAACAGUAUUUUUCUUAAUGUGAAUUUUAGUGAUUCAUAACAUCAUAGGUACUUUGGGGAUCACAUUUAGAAAAAAAACAAGUAUUUAUACAUUUACAGAUUAGCUAUCAAGUUGUAUAUGAUUGCCGCAUAUUCUCAAACAUAUAUACACAUAAAAAGUGUUUUACAAAGAAGCGUUUAGACAUUAUACAUUUAUAAUCAAUUUUAUGGAAAUAAGAGCAAGGAGCACCUAGGUGACUCAGUCAGCUAAGUAUCUUACUCUUGAUUUCAGCUCAGGUCAUGAUCUCAUGGUUCAUGGGAUCAAGCCCCAAGUCAGGCUCUGCACUGACAAUGCCAAGCCUGCUUGGGAUCCUCUCCCUCUUUCUGCCCCUCUGCGCGCUCGCUCUCUCUCUCUCUCUCUCUCCUCUCAAAAUAAAUGAACAUUAAAAAAAAAAAAAAA